AUGUCCACAGCAACCACCACCACGACGUCUCCGGACAAAGCCUUCCUCGACGCCUUCAUCUCGCUCCUCUCCCGCUCCUAUCUGACGACCCCUCUCACCACGGCCUUCAUCACCGAGAUCGACAAGACUCCCCCCACCUCCAACCCGUCCGAUGUAAUGACCACUGAACGGCUGACCCAACACUUCACUCUGGGCAUCACGGCUGCUGCCAAAAGUAACAUUGUGCUCGUAGAGUCCGGCGAUUUCACCGCUGCGGCUCUGUGGGAACCCCCUGACUUCUGCGGUAUCCCCCCCUCGCAAGCACGUCGAAACCCUGGACCAAUCCUGCAAGAAUGGCGGAGCACCGCUCGCAAGCUCAAGGCCCAAUAUCUGUCCCUCCCGGACCAAGGUCCGCAUAGCUACGACCAGCCCGCGGCGCCCAGCCAAUCCUCUGGUGCCCCUUCUGAGGACCCCUACCCAACCGACUUCAACAAGGACAUUGAUUUCGAGACCCGUCCGUUCUACCAUCUUGCCAUCAUCGCACGAGAUCCGGACGUCGACCCAAAACAGAGUUUUGCGGCCAUGAAGGCGUGCGUGGACGUGUUUUUGAAGAAAGCCAAGGACGAGGAGGUGCCUGUAUAUUUAGAGACGGCGAGCGAAUCGGCCAAGAAAGAAUAUGAAGAUAUGGGAUUCAAGGUCUGUGAGGAAGUUGUGAUUGGGAAAGGUAGGGUGAACGCUAAGGGCUGGCCGCAGGAGGGAGGCGAGGGCGUACCAACUUGGGCCAUGAUUUGGGAUGAGCAUUUGAAUUGA